CAGGAAGUCAGUUCUAUGUCAAAAAGUAAUUUGUCAGGAGGAAGCACUGCCGAACAACAUAAAAGUUUUUUUUUCUGUGAGCCGCCCUGAGUCACUAUUUGGUGGAACCACCUUUCACUGCAGUUACAUCUGCAAGUCUUAUGUCGAAAAUGGCGGACAAGACUGUGGAUGAGGGUGUGUGGACGGGAUGUGCAGUCAUGUUUCUGCAGUCACUCUUUCCUGGUGUGGACCUCCUCGCUCUCUACAAAGACCAGCAGGGAAAGUUCAUCAUUUUCAAAGUCAUCAAGCUGACUCUUAGAGAUUCUGCAGGAGGUCUGGGUGGCUACGAGAUCCUAAAGGUCCAUGAUGCUGAGCCCUUCCUGGGGGUGGAGGUGAAAUUCGUGGAUGUGGCAGCAUGUCAGCAGUUCCUGGAGAGCUACAGCUCCGGAGCAGUGCGACAGUCCCUUUCCCAACAUGCCUGCCGGCUUCUCGCCGUUCCUCAAGACUUCACUGUGGAAACCCAGUUAAAGGCUGGGCCUCAGAAUCUGGAUCUGUGUCUGGACCAGCUGACGGUCUGUCUACAGCACAUCCACCUUUCACAGCCGGAGCGCCUGCGUGAUGACGAGAUUGAUCAUCUGGAGCAGCAGCUGCAGAGCCAGGCCCUGGGUCCUGCCCCACAGCCCCCCACAGUCACACAGGAAGAGUCUGCCAUUCCCAGCAACUGCUUCAAGUUUCAGAAUAGAGUGUUCGAGGACCGAAUGCUGACAUCAGCGGAUGUUCAGAGCUUUUCAAACGGAGUGGGCCGUCAGUGGAAACAUGUAGGGAGGGCCCUAGGGAAGAGCUGUCGCGCUCUGAAGGGCCCCGCCAUUGACAACCUGGCCUACGAGUACGAGAGAGAAGGGCUGUAUGAGCAAGCCUAUCAGCUGCUGAGCCGUUUCAUCCAGGCGGAGGGGAGGGCGGCCAAGCUGAGCCGACUGGUCAGAGCUCUGGAGGACAGCAAGCUCACCAGCCUGGCUGAAAACAUUCUGGACAUGCAGCCCAGAGAGUAACUCUGUGUGCAAGUUGUAAAAAAACAAACUGAGGGCCGGGUUCCUCUGCGGGAGUGGAAACGUUCUCCCGCCUGCUUUUACAUUCAAAGUAACUGUACCUGUUCCGACACCUGUCUUCCUCAUGUUUAAACCAGAACCAAGUGUGUGUGAUUGUGAGUGAAUUCACAGGUUGUGUGUGUGAAUAAGAUCAGCUUUUUUUUGUAAUCAGUUGUAUCAUUGUUAGUUUCUUUUGUUUAUAUGAGGCAAACUGCCAACAUUGUUAAAAGAAAAUGCAAUCAGGAGUUUGUUGCAGUGUAUGAACUGUUUUCAUCAUGAGGCUCUUGUAGUUCUGUGUUCCAAGUCAAUUUACAUUCAAAACUGUUGGGUCCUGCUUCUAAUGACGACACAACUGAAGGGUAUUGAUUUUAUUUUUUUUUUCUAUGAAAUGGGUUCUUGCAAAUUAAAUGGUUGUGGAAAAAAGGC